AUGAGGCAAUCCAUGUUGGGCUGGAGAGCAGAGGAAUUCUUCGUUGCAGUCAGGCAGCAUUUGGACACUCUCGGUCCGCGCGGUCUCGAGGAGCUACGUUUCAACCUCGCAAAAGCAGCUGCGAAUGUUAUUUCUGUUUUCGAGCGUCUGAAUAACGAGCAUCUUGGUCGUAUCCUUGAGAACAUCCAACACAUGACUGCAGCCAUAGCCAAAGACUUUCAGCAACUCGAUAUCAGUCUGUUUCAUGAGGCCUCCAAAGCAGUUCAGCAUACGAGCAAUAUCGCGGCACAGGAAUUGACAAAACUACAUAUCAACGGCCUUCAGAAUAUACUCAAAGCCUUCCAGCAGAUCGCCGACAACAUCGUAUUGGUCACACAAACUCUACCGAAAACUGUCGAUACGUUCAAGCAUGUCUUGCUGUUCACUGUCAUGGUGGUCACCCUAGCUACUUGGACUAUCAUUCGCAGUCUGAGAAACUUGGACAAGCACACAGACAAGAUAUCCAUCAAAGUACAAGCCCUUAGCACUGAGCUCACAACCCAUGAAAACCUCAGUUAUCAACGCCAGUUUGCUGAAGCAGUGUACAACUUGAUGAUGCUCAAAGUCACCGAACAAUACAUGUAUCCGGACGAACAUCCUGUCAAGGUCAGCCCAAUUGAGUCUCAAUACGUCCUGUUCCAUCCAUCCUCCGAUUGGCACGCCAGUUUCUUCGCGCACGGUACCUCAGUUUGGUCUGACCAGUUCUGGGAUGAGGGCAAGGAGGGCCGGAUUUUCAACCGUGUACGGCUCUUCAACAACCCCGAAAAACUCGCAACGUACCUACACGACUUUGAGAACCCUCAACUUACUGGAAAGCGCCAAGUCCUGCCACUCACGUACAUCCUUCUACCUUCGACUCACUCAUACACUCUCCCAUUCACUCUGCGCAUCCCCAAGCAACUGCAAGCUGUAAAGGUUGUCGGACAGACUGACCGCAGCGGCAAACCAUACUGUCGUGCCUGUAUCAUCGGAGUCGAUCCGUCGGACGCGGUUGACGUCGACUUGUUGGCUGAGCACGAGGCUCCUGACUAUAUGUCGCAGGGAUCAGCUCCUGAAAAGCGGGUAUAUCCUAUUCUCUGGCUACUCAUUGCAGCUCUCUGA